AUGAAGGGACUUAUUCUUGUUGGCGGCUUUGGCACCCGCCUCCGUCCUCUCACUCUCACCCUCCCAAAGCCCCUUGUCGAGUUUGGCAACAAGCCCAUGAUUGUGCACCAGAUUGAGGCCCUCGUUUCUGCUGGUGUCACAGACAUUGUUCUCGCUGUCAACUACCGCCCUGAAAUUAUGGAGAAGUUCCUCGCCGAGUACGAAGAGAAGUAUAACAUCAACAUCGAGUUCUCCGUCGAGUCCGAACCCCUCGACACCGCCGGUCCCCUGAAGCUUGCCGAGAAGAUCCUGCUGAAGGAUGACUCGCCAUUCUUCGUCCUCAACUCUGAUGUCAUCUGCGAUUACCCCUUCCAGGAGCUGCUGCAAUUCCACAAGAACCACGGCGACGAGGGAACCAUUGUGGUGACAAAGGUCGAGGAGCCCUCCAAGUACGGUGUUGUCGUUCACAAGCCCAACCACCCUUCGCGCAUCGACCGAUUCGUCGAGAAGCCCGUUGAGUUCGUCGGCAACCGUAUCAACGCUGGCAUGUACAUCUUCAACACCUCGAUUCUGAAGCGAAUUGAACUCCGUCCCACCUCCAUUGAGAAGGAGACCUUCCCUUCCAUGGUCAAGGACAACCAGCUCCACUCGUUCGACCUCGAGAGCUUCUGGAUGGACGUCGGUCAGCCCAAGGAUUUCCUGAGCGGAACCUGCCUGUACCUCUCCUCCCUCACGAAGAAGGGCAGCAAGGAGCUGACCCCCCCUACCGAGCCCUACGUCCACGGUGGCAACGUGUUGAUUCACCCCUCCGCUAAGAUCGGAAACAACUGCAGAAUAGGCCCUAAUGUCACCAUUGGCCCCAACGUUGUGAUUGGUGACGGUGUUCGUCUCCAACGCUGCGUACUACUCAGCGGCUCCAAGGUCAAGGACCACGCCUGGGUCAAGUCCACCAUCGUCGGCUGGAACAGCACCGUCGGCCGCUGGGCUCGCCUGGAGAACGUCACUGUCCUCGGCGACGAUGUCACUAUUGGUGACGAGAUCUACGUCAACGGUGGCAGCGUCCUCCCCCACAAGUCGAUCAAGGCCAACGUCGACGUCCCCGCCAUCAUCAUGUAA